AUGUUUCUCUCGUUUUCUGUGUACAUGACGUUGAUAUCAGAGAAACUCCCUGUCACAAAUCCAGUGUCGAUCUUCACCCAGUACCUUAUCUGUAAUGUCACAUACAGUGCACUUAUUCUCUUCUUCACUACAAUUGGACUUAGAUUCCAUUUGGCAGAAAAUGAAGAGCGAAUCCCGAUGUGGCUUUCAAAAAUCACUUACCCUCGAAAACAUUUUGAAGCCAAGAAAAGAAAGAACAAAUUUGGAGAUGAUAUUAAUUCAAUUCCAUGUAACAAUGAUGCAGUUAAGAGCGACGGAGCGAUGGAAUUAAAGGAUGAAGAAACAAUUACCUUGACUACGGUAACGAAAAGGGAGUUUGGUGUGUUGAUGGACCGAGUAUUCCUGGUGUCGUUCUUUGUGCUACUUGUGACUGCUAACGUGGUCUAUGCUGUAUAUGUUAGUUCAUCUUAA